AUGAAUUACCAAAAAGUAUACGGUAUCACUGGUCCUGUCUCGGUGGCAGGUCCCACAGCACCUGAGAACAAAUUAAACGAUGAAUUAAUUCAAGAGUUGAAGAAGGAAAACUCCUUCGAAACGGAACAGGAAACCGCCAAUAGGGUUAAAGUGUUAGAGACCCUUCAAAUGCUUACUGAAAAAUUUGUGUUCCAAGUGUCGAAGAAUAAGAAUAUGUCUGAUGGGAUGGCGAAGGAUGCUGGUGGCAAAAUAUUUACCUAUGGUUCGUAUAGAUUAGGUGUCCAUGGCCCUGGGAGUGAUAUAGAUACGUUGGUGGUAGUUCCCAAACAUGUUACAAGAGAAGAUUUUUUUACUGUUUUUGAUGCUCUGUUGAGAGAAAGAGAUGAAUUAGAUGAAAUUGCACCAGUUCCAGAUGCUUUUGUACCGAUCAUUAAGAUGAAAUUCAGCGGAAUUUCUAUUGAUUUAAUUUGUGCCAGAUUAGACAUUGCACAGGUACCCUUGAACUUGACAUUGAGUGAUAAGAAUUUGUUGAGAAAUUUGGAUGAGAAGGAUUUAAGAGCUCUUAAUGGGACGAGAGUCACAGAUGAGAUUUUGGAGUUAGUCCCGAAACCAAAUGUAUUUAGAAUAGCAUUGAGAGCCAUCAAAUUGUGGGCUCAAAGGAGAGCUAUUUAUGCAAACAUUUUUGGGUUCCCUGGUGGUGUUGCAUGGGCCAUGUUAGUGGCAAGAAUUUGUCAAUUAUAUCCAAAUGCAUGUAGUGCUGUGAUUCUUAACAGAUUCUUUAAGAUUCUUUCGGAAUGGAAAUGGCCACAACCAGUGGUACUAAAACCAAUUGAAGAUGGUCCACUACAAGUCCGUGUUUGGAAUCCCAAAAUUUAUGCUCAAGAUAGAUCACAUAGAAUGCCCGUCAUCACUCCAGCAUACCCUUCAAUGUGUGCAACACAUAAUAUAACAGAAUCCACCAAGAAAGUUAUUCUAGAGGAAUUUGCAAGAGGUAUUCAAGUGACAAAUGAUAUCUUUUCAAACAAGGGAACUUGGGCAGAUCUUUUCCAGAAACAUGAUUUCUUCUACAAAUAUAAAUUCUACUUAACCAUUACGGUCUCAACAAAGGGUUCAGACGAAGAACAUUUAAAAUGGAGUGGGCUUGUAGAAAGUAAGACAAGAUUGUUGGUGUUGAAAUUGGAAGCCCUAGCCGGCAUUAAAUUAGCGCAUCCAUUCACAAAACCAUUUGAAAGCUCAUAUUGUUAUGACACUGAAGAAGAUUAUAAGAAUAUUUUAAAUAAUUAUGGCUCUCACAAGACGGAGGGUCAACUGGAGAAAUACGUGAAGGUGACUGAUGACAACAAAGACGAUGAAACAAUAAAGGACCAAAAACAAGUUCAUAUUACGACAAUGUAUAUUGGUUUAAGCGUAAACGUAACUGAGAAGAAGGAGAAGAUAGACAUACACGUACCCUGCACAGAAUUCUUCAAUCUCUGUCGUAACUUUAGUGAAGAAUAUCAAAAAUCAGACACUUUUGCAUUAUCUAUAAGGUAUGUGAAGCUAUACGACAUAUCUGAUGAAGUGUACGAUGAAGGUGAAGCUAGACCCAAGAAAAAGAAAUCUAAGAACAAGAAAAGAAAGGAUGAGAAUGAAGCUGAUAUUUCUAAGAGGCCCAGGUCAGAUACAGCGGCCUCUGUUCAUGAGGAGAAUAGUUCAUCUGUUCCCGCCCUUGAACAGUCGACGAAACCCAUAACACCCGUCACCUAA